AUGGCAAGCCGCAGUCGUGAAGCUCGCCAAAGCGCCAGCGCCGAUGGUCCGUUCCCCAAACCCCGUGGGGCUUGUGAGAAGUGCCGCGUCCGCAAGACCAAGUGCGACAACAGGCGUCCCAGCUGUGGGUUCUGCUUGAAGCGCCGCAUCGCCUGCGUAUACGCCGACGAUGAUGGGUCCGACAUCCUUCAGGCCAUCCACAGCCUGAGAAGCUUGGUCGAGAACCAACAGCCGCAACAGCAGCAGAAAUCGUGUGUUUCUUGUGGCGCCAGCUCGACGCCCGCGCAGACUACGAGUCCUUCGGUAUCAUGGACCCAGUCAGGUUCCCAGCAACAAGAGGAUCACCCGAGAGAGGCCAACAGCCCGCCACCGUACCCAGUCAUGCGACCCCAGGGCGUCGAAACUGUCCUCGACUGGCAGAUAUUUGCCCCGGACAGACCUUCGCUGUGCCUCUUUGCUCAGAGAAACCCCCCUGCCGACCGGAGCUACCCCAUGCCUGAUACGAGCUAUGCUCAGCUUGCGCGGCUGGAGUCCAAGUACAUCAAUGACAUUCACACCAAGAACCCAAUUCUAGACCUUGGCGAGCUACAUGGGAUGAUGGUGCAAGUUGCCGAGAACGGUCUGGACUGGUCGACACAAACCUGCUUGGUGACGUUGGUUUGUGCAAUCGCGGCCAUCACAGAGUCGUAUCCACGCCCAGUAAUGGGAUCAGAGGGGCAUCCGACACCUUCGCCCAGCCAACAAGCGGAUGAAGGCAGCGACGUGGAAUUGUCGAUGCAGUUUUGGAACCUUGCCAUGAAGCGCCUAGGAUAUGCAGCAAGCCAAAACAACGUCCAGGCCGUACAAUGCCUAUGUCUCGCAGGAAUCUGGUACAUGCAUCGAAUGCGGCCUCUUGAGGCUUGGAAGCAGUUCAGCCUCGCUGGAGCAGCCUGGCAUAGCCUCAGCUUGAUCGAGUUUCCUUCUGGCGAACUUGUCAACAACACGGGUGGGUCGUUGAAUGACUUUACUGUCAUGCAAGCUCUCUACUUUACCAUUUGGAAAUCUGAGUGCGAGUUGAGGCUGGAGUUGCCCUUGCCCAGUCCCCCCGUUCUCGACAACACAUAUUUUCCGCUGGCGUUUCCGCAACCUCCAAGUAUCAGCUCGCAGUCGUCGGAUCCCGAUGUGGCAGAAAGAGAGCGAGGCUGGUAUUAUUACCUCACCGAAAUUGCAGCACGACAUCUCAUCAACCGCGUGCUCCAGAUGAGCGCGGAGGUGCCUGAUAUUCCAACGGAGAGACAUGUUCGCCGCAUGAUUGCCCGGGCGGACAUGAUGGAGGCUCAAAUACACGACUGGUAUUCGUCGUUGCCGCCCAUGUUCUAUUUUGAUAUCCCAGAUGGCUGCGACACUGAGUUUGAUCCCGAUGCCAUGACCUUUGUUCUGCGCCACCGAUAUUUUACUCUUCGCGAACUCGUCUCGCGACCGUUCGUUAGGCUUUGCGUGGAUCAUCUGGUAGACGAGAUUGACAUUUUGCUUCGUGCUCGGGUCGCGUCGUUUGCGUCCCAGUGUACGCAAUUCUGCAUGCUUAAGCUCUCUCAAACGGUAGCCCAUCGCCACCAGGGGACUUGGUACAUGUUACGAAUCACCACAACCGCGUCCCUGGUUCUAUCGGCGGUUGAAAUGGCGCAAUCUAAAUUGGCAGACUCCCAAGCAUCUGGAGCUGCCGCUACCGUGCAGGGUGUGAUAAUCCCAGAGGGCUGGAGACGUAGGGUUCAACAGGCCGUGGAUGCCGUCCCCGGAUAUUUUGACGAGCCGGACGGGGGCGCUUCUAACCUGAAAAAGAUAAUCCAAGCGGUAUUGGGAACGAACGAUGGCUGA